UCUUCGCACUCUAGAAUCUUAGAUUUUCAAAGUCCUUCAAAUAAUUGUACUGAAACAGAAACGUCCACAAUGGCUGAAUUUCAGACUACAGGCUCUAUCCCCAUUAUUCCCGAGCAUAUUUUACCAGCUAUAACCAAGUGUUUCGAUCAGUUCUCCCAGGUACAAUGGGGAAUGAUUGAACAGGGAAUCUGGGACUCUGAUCUCCAAGCAUUACUGGCUGAUAUGAUAAUCGAAAUCAUUCAGAUAGUUUCUAGCGGCAUCCUGAAAUCUGCACUUCCCACACUUCAGGAGUUAAUGACAGACGAAUUGUCCCAAACAGGUAUCAGCAUACCUGUGGCAAAAAUAGCUCCGUCGCUGGGAGACUCUCUUUCAACCAGCAUUGGCAUCGCUCUUAACACCCCCCAUGAAAACUGUCAGUCCAGUAAGAAGCUGACAAAACUGAUUGAAUUGGAGAUCUCAGAAAAGGUCGACUCAGCUGUGACUCUACUCUUGAACAACCCGGAUUUACGGUCAGAUCCUGCCGUUUAUGUCAGUGGAAAAAUGACAACCACAAAAAACCUUCGACGCAUGGUCUCUCACGCAGCCUCGUGUUUGGAAAAAUGUGCAGGUAAGCUAAGCAGCCAGUGCAUGUCAAAGGGCGGCGCAGCUAGUUCCCCUAGCCCGUCUAAUUCAGAGAGUACUGAAUCAAAGAUCUCUGAGAAGGCAAUGGUUGUUGAGGAGGUGAGCAGCGCUCUCACCAAAUGGAGCACAGACACAGGAAUCACAGAGGACAAUAAGGAUGAAAAUGACAUGACGCCUGUAGAGAUAAAAGAAAGUGAAACUGGAGAGAUGGCGGAAAGUCGUUCCAGCACCACAGGUGAAGUGAUCGUGGCUGAUGUUGUCAGUGCAAUACUUGACACUCUGAAGUAUUCGAAUGCCGAAGAUGACACAGAAAUAGAGAAGUGCACAGAUGCUGAGACAGCUGAAAGUCUCCAGCGUCCCAGCACGCCAGCAGAAAUAGCUGCAGCUGACAUUGUAAUGACAAUAAUUGAUAAUCUGCAGUCUUUUGAUGGUGAAGAUGUCACAUCUAGUGAGAAAUGUGACUCACGCGAAUCUGCUUUUAAUGUGCAGUUAAAUAUCCAAAAGGUGAAAAACUUUUUCACGUCAUGCAUCCCAUCCAGAAAAAGCAAUGACCAAAAGCUGCACAAAGACCACUUCUGCGCUUUUGCCAAAAAGCAGUUUUACAAAAUGAUCAGAGAGAUAAAACACCUGGUGAAGAAAAACAAAAGGUUCUUCAUCUGUCUCCACGAACCGGUCAAGUCUCUUGAUGAUCAGAGAGCAGAUUGUAUGGACAGCUACAGUUCUUUUUGUAGCUAUGUAAACACACCAGUGAUGGAUAGCAUGUUUAAGAGUUCUUCCCCAGUUGAUUAUAACACCAUCAAACCUGUUCUUGAACAAAUGUUUAAUAAAUUAAACGGGCCAGAACAUUUGAACCGUAUCUGGAACCCCCUGGAAAGGAUAAAGGAAAUUGAGAUGUUUUCCAGGGAGUUGACAGAUAAAGUGUAUGACCAUCUCCAGUCAACUGAAAGAUAUGUACUCCCUGUGAUGCUAUCGGGAAAAUGUCUUUCAGACUCUGUCAUCUCUAGGUCUGCAGAGCCAACAGAUGAGUUACCCUUUUCGCCCGAGGUCCUCUAUGUGACUGUAGAAGACUCAGUGCAAAAGUUUUUGCAAAACACUCUUCUGUGGUUAGAGAAUGAUGCUUUGGAUCAAACUGUUCAAAGUGACAAGAUUUCUGGUGCCGUGGGAGACAUCCAGGAUGUGAUUUUAAGAGCACUGACUCCAACAGAGCAAAAAGAAAAUGACAGACUGUCUGAACCAGAGUCACGUCCAGAUUGUCCUCCCAAAAAUGAAACAGUCUCCUGCGUGAGUGUACUAGAGCAGGGCCCACCCCCAGAAAACAGCCCUGAGCCUGAACCAAUCACUGAAGCUGGGCUUACAGAAGCUCAAAGUCAGCCAUCAACCUCUGAAAACUUACAGGAGGAGUCUGAGAAAAUUGUCAGAGACUUCAGUAACUGUCUGUUAGAUGAGCUCCUGGAGAAAUGUCUUUUCGACACAAACUAUCUGAAUAUAGAAAAUUACGAAGCGAUCACCAGGCGUCUUACAGAUCUGCUUCUAGAUAAGGUCAGAAUCCCAGGAUAUCUGAGUGCUCUUAAAAAUAACAAACAGCGGAUGCUAAAGAAAAUGAGUAAGGCCCUUAUAAAGGAGCUUGACUCUGCAGAUCAGUUUGUACAUUCGGCUCUUACACCAGAUGAUUACACUUUUGAUGAACUUUUUCUGGAUCUCCUGGACAUGAUUAUUGAGGUUGCUUUGGAUCAAACUGUUCAAAGUGACAAGAUUUCUGGUGCCGUGGGAGACAUCCAGGAUGUGAUUUUAAGAGCACUGACUCCAACAGAGCAAAAAGAAAAUGACAGACUGUCUGAACCAGAGUCACGUCCAGAUUGUCCUCCCAAAAAUGAAACAGUCUCCUGCGUGAGUGUACUAGAGCAGGGCCCACCCCCAGAAAACAGCCCUGAGCCUGAACCAAUCACUGAAGCUGGGCUUACAGAAGCUCAAAGUCAGCCAUCAACCUCUGAAAACUUACAGGAGGAGUCUGAGAAAAUUGUCAGAGACUUCAGUAACUGUCUGUUAGAUGAGCUCCUGGAGAAAUGUCUUUUCGACACAAACUAUCUGAAUAUAGAAAAUUACGAAGCGAUCACCAGGCGUCUUACAGAUCUGCUUCUAGAUAAGGUCAGAAUCCCAGGAUAUCUGAGUGCUCUUAAAAAUAACAAACAGCGGAUGCUAAAGAAAAUGAGUAAGGCCCUUAUAAAGGAGCUUGACUCUGCAGAUCAGUUUGUACAUUCGGCUCUUACACCAGAUGAUUACACUUUUGAUGAACUUUUUCUGGAUCUCCUGGACAUGAUUAUUGAGGUUGUACUCAAUCCCCCACUGAAGUCUAAAAUUACAAGGUUCUUUCGAGCAGUGGGAAAAGCUUUAAUGAAGCCGUUUAGGAGCUGCUGUAGGGGCAGCAGCGAUGACUAAAAGACCAGCUGCACCCCCCCCCCACACACACACACACACUACAAUGCUUCUUUAAAGAUCUCGAAGCAUUUAAUAAUUUAUUCAAAAACAAUGUAAUUGGCCAACAGAAGUAUAUUUCAUCUUGUCUCCCUAUAUUGUCUCUCCAUCACCCCCAACCGGUCGCAGCAGAUGGCCGCCCCCUCUUGAGCCUGGUUCUGCUGGAGGUUUCUUCCUGUUAAAAGGGAGUUUUUUCUCCCCACUGUCGCCUAGUGCUUGCUCAAAGGGGAUCUUUUGAUUGUUGGGUAUUUUCCUGCUAAUACUGUAGGGUUUUCACCUUACAUUAUAAAGCACCUUGAGGAGACUCUUGUUUUGCUGCGAUGCUAUAUAAUCUUAGAUUUAACUGAAUUUUAAAAUCAUCCAUUAUAGCAUCAAAGUAAAACAAAAUGAAAUUUUAAGAAAAUUGAUUUACCAUCAAAUAAAAAUCCUAAUC